AGCAUCAGAUUUUGCACAGCUCGAUACCUAGUUACUAACAUCAGAUUUUACACGUGUCUGUCUUAUAAAGCGAUAUGUUUCCGACCAAACUAGAUAGUUGGGAUGUAUGAGAUGUUUCCUCUUGAGCCGUCGCAUAUACCUCACCAUGCCUGCCUCAUCAACCACUCCACGAAUCUCACCGGACGAAUGGCUGGAGCGUAAGCAUCGGAUCCUUGAAUUAUAUUGUGGUCCUAACGGCAAACUCCUUGGCUCUGAUGGUGUCAUCGAAAUGAUGAGGAGAGAAGGCUUCAUUGCCACGAAAGCUCAAUAUGAGUUGAAGAUUAAAGCAUGGGGCGUACGAAAAAAUGUGAAGAAGAGCGAAUGGCAGAAAGAUCAGAUUCCCCCAGAUAUAGCGAUCUCAGAUACUAGGAAAAAGAGAGCCAUGCGACGCUAUGCACCCAGAGGACAACGAGCUGAGGAGCUAGUCACACACGACGAUGGCCAUAUAGCUCAGGGAAGCACAUCAACCCUACCAUCGACUGAAGUUGUAUCCUUUGAGAAUUUUGCAAAUGAAGAGAACCUAUCAGCCGCCGAGCUUGAUAACAGAGCCAUCAACAUGAUUCUCUAUGCGGAGACCGAAGGCGUUAACCCUGAUCAGAACCUGCUACCUUAUGGCUUGACAGCGCAGCAAGAGAACCAUCCGCCCUUGAGAGCAUAUCAGCCCCUUGAUAGUGGCUCUCUCUCUAGCCAAGUACCAACACGCAACCCUCUGGUAUCUUCUCCGCGAUCGUUCGACGCGAUGCUUGCAUGUUUAGAUCAAUCUCAUAUCAACAAUCUUCUCAGGCCGUGCUAUCUAGGGCUCAAUUCGGAAAACCAUCUACCUUCCAUCAAGAUUGCAGAUCAACUCAUAAAAGAUAUCUUUAGCGAAACCUCUGCUACUUCUGCUCACGGCAUCGUACUGAAUAUUAAUCCAUUCAUGCUAGCCUCGCAAUUCUUGGCUGAUAUCAACGAAUUCAUCCCGACGACCAGGAGCUCAAACGCCAAUGCGGAAUGCUCUCCCGUUAACAUUCGGCCAGCGCUUGGAAAUUUCCUCUCCAUGGAACCCUUCGUCGGAGAAGAGAGCAGCCAGAUUGGCACGCUGAAGAAUGAAGUCAUCCCUAUAGCUCGACUUCACUCUAGGCUGAUCGGAUCAAUCAUCAAUAGGGCUACAGACCCUAGUCCUGUACCAGCUGCUGGUAUCAUAAAAUUUCUAACCACACGCGGAGCCAUGCCGUCAUGGUUAUUCCAAUUUCUGACGUCCGGACCGACUCCUAUGACCAAAUCACUUGCUAAGAAUCUCUUCCAAAAGGCAUUAGAGGCCGAUCAUGUUGACCUCAUCAUGUUCUUGCUUGAUUGCGGAGCAUUGGAGGAUGUACAUGAGAUGGUGUGUCUCCACAACGGAGAAAGAUACACACCCCUUCAACUAGCUGCAAUGAAGCAAUCCCUUAGAGUUGUCAAAUGGCUAAUUGAGAAGGGAGUCGACGUAAACAAGGUUUCUUCAAGCAACUCUGACUGUCGCUGUAAUGCAUUAUGGAUGCUGAUUCAAUACAAUAAUACCUCAAAAUCAACACUUGCCGACAAAUUCUUGCUUCUUGUUGAUGCUUUCUUAGAGAAGAACGCUACGGUAUCGGUACAUUCUAUCCUAACUGCAGCCCGAACCUUUACUGACCCUCGUCUUGCAAUUCGACUCAUUAAGAAGUCUGCGUUCCAAGCUCCUCAAAGCCUCAUGUCGGACAUGGACACCCUUGAAUAUAUCAUUAAGUACCUUAGGGAGGAGGAUGCGACAAGUAUGAUCAAACUCUUAACAGAACAGUGUCACAGAAUAGGCGGCGACAUAUUAUUGUUUCAUCUUUCUUCCAACUUCAACAAAGUCUUGAAUGAAGCCGUGGUGCGGGGAUACAAAGGGGUGGUGGAAGCCCUGUUCCCAUAUACUUCAUCACCAAAUGAAAUACUCCAAACAGCAACAGCAACCAGCAACCAAGAGAUUAUCGAUUUUAUUCUUCGGAAGAACCCAGAAUUGAAAGGCGCAAAGGAUGAUAUAAUCGCCGCUCUUAGGUCUGGAGACCAAUACUGUCUUCACUCUUUAGAAGAAAGGGGGGUACUGAAACGUCUCCAAAGCGGUCCUGAGCUCAGGGCAACAUUUCAAGUAGCUCUCAAAGUAGGGAACUUAGAAUAUGCAACCAAGAUAAUGGACCUCGACCCCGGCUUCGAAUUUGCAGACGACGACAAUUUUGACCUGGCUUCUGCUCUGAGUGUCGCUUUGACUCAUGGUUUCGAUGAUAUUGCCUGGAAGCUCUUAGCCAUGGGGGCCACUGACAGUUUUCGCUCCGGAGCAACGUACGGCUCGAUGUCGCUAUUAUACGUCGCGAUAGACAAGAGAAAACCAGAAUUCGUGGAAGCUAUCAUAGAAUCUGGCUUUGGACUCGAUAUAAUCGAUGUGUCGGUCGGUGGCAAAGAUUCGGUUCUAGAAGCCGCUGUGGAAUGGGGCGACGACUCAGUUCUAAACGGUAUUUGGGAAGCCCGCUCUUACACAAUCCAUCCCUCCACAAGCCUUUUGAAACUCGUAAUUGAGAAAGGACGUCGGGACUUUUUCUGGAAAAUCAUAGAAUCUUGUAUUCCAGAGACCAAUUUAUGGCACAAUAAUGCGAUAAGAGUUGCGAUAGAACUUGAAGAUAUUCCACUUCUUGAAACAUUGGUCGCCCGUGGCGUCAGGAUAGAUAAUGGCGACCUACAUGAUGACGACCUACUACAGGACGCUAUAGAGGAUUAUCCCUCAAUGGUCAAUCCGCUCCUGGAGCAAUUUCGGAAGGCUUACUCAGAAGGAUAUGCUGGAGAUGGCUAUUCCUUUAUCACCAGUGUAGUUCGCAAGUAUCCGAAUAUACCUAAUUCGCUAGAUACGUUCUUUACCGAGGACAUCGUAACUGCGGAUGUUCUCCUAGGAAAAGGAGAGCGUGAAACACUACUUGAAACGGCGAUCGCAUAUUACGAAUCCCCAGAUAUAUCCCUUAUCGAGAGGCUACUUACUGCCGGUCGCGACAUCAACGGGCGUAGUGACGUCAAUAGGCCUGUGUAUCUUCACCCAUACGGUCCAGUUAAUCAAAAGACCACUGCUCUUUUAACAGCCAUCAAGGUGGGAAGCAUAGCGAUCAUAAAGCUCCUUAUCGAAAAUGAAGCCAGGGUGAAUGAGCCGGCGCGAUUCGGUAUACGGUUCACUCCUCUGCAAAAAGCUGCCGAGGUCAAUAACCUCGAGAUCGUCCGUUUCCUGUUAGACAAUGGGGCCGACGUCAACGCUGCACCGGCGAAAUUCAACGGAGCCACCGCACUUCAGUUUGCAGCCAUCCAUGGCAACUGUAAAAUGGCGAUAACGCUACUACAUAGUGGUGCCGACUUGAACAUACCCCCGCCGCAGGGGCCUCGUGGGCGCUGGCCCCUGGAGGGCGCGGCUGAGCAUGGCCGCCUCGAUAUGAUACAGUUGCUUUGGAACGCUAAUUGCGGUCCCUUUAAGGAUGAGCAGUGUCGAAAGGGUAUGCGGCUCGCGGAACGGAAUGGCCACACCGGCUGCAGAGAUUUGAUCAAAGAAUUGAUGGCUAGGCCCUCCAUCGACUAUCACAUGGAUUUGAGUAUGUGGAAUGCGGAAUAGGGGUUUCGAGUACAGCUGUCAGAUCCCCCUCAGAGGUGAUUUAGGUGACGUAUAGAUUCUUCGUUGUCGUAUACCCCGAAGUGGGUUUCCUCCAUAAUCGGGUAGUCUAGAUGAUAGGGCGACUAAGAACAUAAUGAGAUAACUAUCUGAUGCAGAAGCUGUAUUGCCUCUUGCUAUUAGAGAUAUAGGUGAUGGAAGUACGGAGACGGGUCGGGAUGGCGGAUUGUCGUACUGGGUGAGGCAGUUUGUCGAGGAUGCUAGUAGCUAGGUCAUUUCUUUCAUUCUACAAUUGGCUUUGAAUAAUGAAGCAGACGUGUCCCUU